CUCCAUAAACCCUAGCAGGCAAGCAAGCAACCUUCGUCCCAAAACCCCUUACUGCCCCCGCUCCCGCCUCCAGCCCAUGGCGUCCCUCCCGAACGGCGCCGCCGCCACCGGUUCCUCCGGCGCGCCCGCGGUGGAUAAGGAAGUGGACUUUGCCAACUACUUCUGCACCUACGCCUACCUCUACCACCAGAAGGAGAUGCUCUGCGACCGCGUCCGCAUGGACGCCUACCACUCCGCCGUCUUCCGCAACGCUCCCCACUUCCGCGGCAAGGUUGUGCUUGACGUGGGCACGGGGAGCGGCAUCCUUGCGAUCUGGAGCGCGCAGGCCGGGGCCAGGAAGGUGUACGCCGUCGAGGCGACUGAUAUGGCGGAGCACGCGCGCGAGCUCGCGCGCGCCAACGGCGUUGCGGACAUCGUCGAGGUGAUACAGGGCACCGUGGAAGACGUUGUGCUUCCGGAGAAAGUGGAUGUCAUUAUAUCAGAGUGGAUGGGCUACUUUCUUUUGAGAGAGUCCAUGUUUGAUUCUGUCAUUUGCGCACGUGACCGCUGGUUGAAGCCAGAUGGUGUAAUGUAUCCUAGUCAUGCUCGGAUGUGGCUAGCACCGAUAAGAACUGGUUUGGGUGACAAAAAGAUGGAAGAUUUUGAUAUUGCUAUGGAUGACUGGAAUCUAUUUGUUGAGGACACUCAAGCUUAUUAUGGGGUCAACAUGAAUGCUUUGACAAAGGCAUAUCGUUCAGAAAAUGAAAAAUACUAUCUCAAGUCUUCAAUAUGGAACAAUCUUCAUCCAAACCAAGUUAUCGGUCAAGCUGCAGUUAUCAAGGAAAUUGAUUGCUUGACGGCCACUGUUGAUGAUAUUCGAGAAGUUAGAGCACAAGUUAUGUUGCCAAUCAGCCUCGAUGAAGCUAGAUUAGCAGCACUAGCUGGAUGGUUUGAUGUUCAUUUUCGAGGUAGUAAGCAAAACCCUGCAGUGGAAGAAGUUGAGUUAAAUACGGCUCCGAAUGAGCGUGGUGGAACUCAUUGGGGGCAACAGGUAUUCUUGCUGAAGCCACCUCUGAAAGUAACUAGAGGAGACAGUGUUAAGGUUUCCUUCUCGAUGGUUCGCUCAAAAGAAAAUCAUCGACUUAUGGAUAUGGAGUUCACCUAUGAAUUGCAUGAGUUCUCUGGCAAGCAGCACCCAGCAAUCACAACCAAGAUGUACUUAGAGUAGAGCAAGAACUCUGACUAGACCUGAUUCGUUUGAUGAAAGACGGAGUACGGGUUACCAUGUGUCCUUAUGUUGCUGUCGCCGAACCCUUGCUCAGAAGUUGAGCAACUGUAACCCUAGCAUGUGUGGUAUUCAUAGCAUGGCCUAAAGGCCACCUUGUGUUAUACCCAUGAUGUGUACAAUGAGACCAUGAGGCAUGAUGGCAUGCCAGAGAUUUUGUUGUAUUGGUAAUGUCUUAUUGUUUGAUUGCUCAAGUAAUGGGAGCUAUUGCUUCUUGACAUUA